AGAGAAAACAAAACAACAUGAGACUGCACUCUACAACACUAUACUUUUCCUCAAAACGAACUAAAUUAUUACGUUAGAUUACUCUAUCUAGGAAGUUUGCUAGGAAGCCUUUAACGUUAGGAUAUAUAAUCAAAGGUUCUGUUGUAGAUACUGGGUACUUGAUGAAGUUUUCUCAUCAAUUAUGAAACAUUAGCUAAAAGUAAUGUUUUUUUUUUUAAAUUAAAAUAAAAUCAGUACAAAAAUAUAUAAGUACAUAACUCUUUUAGCGUACAUAGUGACUUGCGAGUUACCUUGUCGGCAAAUUGAUCUAGUGUUAUCUACUUAAUCAGUGUCGCCGUUACCGUUACGAUACCGGCGCGAUAAGGAAGGGGCGUCGGUGCCGCGCGGCGCGUCUAGAUAUCAGAGAGCGGCCUGACCAGUAAGCCGCCAGCGCAGACUCGCCCGGUCGCGCCACAGCUGCGCGCACUUCAACAGGUCAACGUACUGCUAUCUCUAGUUGUAGUGUGGAGCGUGAGGACGUGAGGGCGACAUGGGGUUCGAGUGCUUGGUGCACGGCGUGCGCGUGGCCGUGGUGAGCGAGGUGAACAGCGCGCACUACGACGCGCUGGUGCUGGUGACGGCGCCGGGCGUGGCGCCGCCGCAGGCGCUCGAGGACUUCGUGGCGGACGCGCGCCUGCUGGACGCGCAGCUGGACAGCGUGCCGGCCGUGCUGCGCUGUCCGCGCGUGUCGGGCCACCGCCUCGUGCUGUCGCCCACGGGCCCGCUGACGGCGUACGACGACGUGCGCGCCGUGGGCGAGGCGGCCCGCGCCGGCGUGCAGCGCGCCGCGGCGGCCGGCGCCACGCGCCCCGUGCUGGUGCUGCAGCCGCACCCCUCCUGGCCCGACGCCGACCUCGUCGCGCUGCUGGCCGCGCUCGAAGUGCUCUACGUGCCGCUGCAGAUCCGCGAGUCGUUCCCGGCGCAGGCGCACAAGCUGGCGGAGCUGGGCGUGUACGGCGAGGGGCUGCGCGGCGCGCUGGACGUGCUGGUGCGCGAGGCGGCGGCGCUGGAGGCGGCGCGCGGCGUGGCGCGGGACAUCGGCGGCGCCGACCCCGAGCGCAUGACGCCGCUGCGCGUGGCCGCCUACCUGCGCGAGACGUUCGCGGGCUCCAGCGUGGCGGUGCGCGUGGUGGAGGACCGCGCGGUGCUGGCGCGCGAGUACCCGCUGCUGGCGGCCGUGGACCGCGCCGCCGCCAGCGUGCCGCGCCACCGCGGCUGCGUCGUGCACCUCGAGUACGCAGACUACGAGCGCACCGUCAUGCUCGUCGGCAAGGGCGUCACGUACGACACGGGCGGGUGUGACAUCAAGGCGGGCGGCGUGAUGGCCGGCAUGUCGCGCGACAAGUGCGGCGCCGCCGCCGUCGCCGGCUUCCUCAAGGCGUGCGACGAGCUGCGGCCGGCGCUGAAGGUGGUGGCGGCGCUGGGCAUGGUGCGCAACUCCGUGGGCGAGGAGGCGUACGUGGCGGACGAGCUGCUGCGCUGCCGGCGCGGGCUGGCCGUGCGCGUGGGCAACACGGACGCCGAGGGCCGCAUGGUGAUGGGCGACCUGCUGGCCGAGAUGUGCGAGCGCGCGGCGGCCGAGCGCCGGCCGCAGCUGUACACCGUGGCCACGCUGACGGGGCACGCCGUGCGGGCCUACGGGCUCGGCUACACGGCGCUGCUGGACAACCACGCGGCGCGCGCGCUGGGCCACGCCGCCGCCUUCCGCGCGGCCGCCGAGCGCCUGGGCGACAUGGUGGAGGUGUCGACGCUGCGGCGCGAGGACCUGCGCGCGCACCGCGGCCGCGCGCCCGGCGACCACGUGCACCAGGCCGACAACGCGGCGUCCUCGGCCCUGCCGCGCGGCCACCAGGCGCCCGCCGCCUUCCUGCUGCUGGUGUCGGGGCUGCACGAGGCCGACGUGCCCUACGCGCACCUGGACGUGGCGGCCAGCGCCGGCGACCUGCCGCACCCGCCCACCGCCGCGCCGCUGCUGGGGCUGGCCGCCUACCACGGCCUGCUCUCCAAGCGCUAGUCCCACUCGUGCAUAAUACUAUACAUAAUAAUCAAUUUAUUUUUGGAUUUUUUUAUUUUUUCUAUUCAUGCAUAAUACUAUAUCAUGUAACAAUAAAUCUAAAAUGUUGUUAUUGUAUUAAUAAAGUUGUAAUUUCA